AUGAUGCCUGACCGGUCUUAUAGUCAGGCAAAUAGUUCUGAUGACAGUCAUGUAAUGUCAAAUACGACCAGCUUCUGUGAACUCACUGAUCAUGUAUGUGCUGCUGAUAACAGUCUCAGUCGUCUUUCACCACCAUCUGCUACUUUUUUAAUUCAUGGAUCAGAAAUGUCUCACCAUGCUCCUGCUCCUCCAGUCCGAUCUUCAAGUACACUGCGAAAGAAGGAUAAGACCGUUUUACCCCCGUCAAAGCCGUUGCCAACUCCACCAGGAAAGGAAGAGAAGAAAAAGAAAAAGAAGGUGAAAAUGUUCCGUUUUCCAAAAUUUGGCCGAUCAGAAAAGCCUGAACCACAAAUAUCCGGUCCAACUGAAGUUACGCAUAAUUUGCAUGUAGCAUUUGAUAAGUCAACAGGCGAAAUUAAGGGUCUCCCAGCAUCAUGGCAAAUGCUUUUAACAGCAUCAAAUAUCUCGCGUACAGAACAAGAGAAAAAUCCAGAAAUUCUUCUCGGUGUCCUUCAGUGUUUUGAUGAAUCAGCUAAACACAAAGAUAAAUAUAUGACAAAUGUAUCUGUUCUUACAAACUCAUCUGGUUCUGUUGAAUCAAUGAAUUCCAAUUCUCGAUCAUGUUCUGUUUCAUCACAAAGUAUGCCAAUGGUUCCUAGUCAUUGUGAUAUAAACUGUAUGCACUCACCAUCCUAUCCACCAGCUGCAUUUAAUUCUACAACAUCAAUAUCUCCACCGAAUUCAGGUGAAGAAAACUUGAUUAUGUCAAUGGCUGAAACUAAUUUAACCGGAAUGGCUAUACCGUCUAGCGGAUUGCCAACAACUACACAUUCUUGUGCUGGUAGUACUAGCAGUGGUCGUGGUAGUAGUUGUACGACGAAUAGUGGAAGUGUUGGUGGUGGUCGUGGUGUAAGCGGUGGUGUUCCAAAUGGUUUAAGUGCUGCAAGUUUAGUAGAAUUAACUUCAAGUCAUUCACAUGGAUGUCAAUUAGGUCCUGGGAGAAGAACAAGUACAGGUGGUGCAGUAUUUCUGGGUAGUCCAACUCGUGCAUUUGGUGGACGUGCAAGUGGUUCAACAAUACCUGAAAUGUCACCUGCACUUGGUAAUCAUAGAGGUAUUAGUGAUACAGGGGAUAUUGCACGUUCUGGACCGAAUUCUAUGAUAUCAUCAUCAGCUAAUUCAGGAACUUUAACAAAUGGCCAACUUCUUAAUCAUAGUCGUCAUGCUAGAGAUACAAAUUUUGUCGGUGAUAAUCAUAAUGGUCAUGCUGCAGCUUCUGUACCUAUUCUUCCAAUUACAUCUGGUGUUAGUCUGGGUGGACUUAGUAGUAGUCGUAGCAGCGGUUGUUCACUCUCCUGUUCAGGUGCUAGUGGAAAUGUCAGCAUAUCUGGUCUAGCCAAUUCUAUCAGUAUGGUUGGACAUUUAAUUAAUGGUACAAAUAGUAGUAGUGGUAGUAGUCCAACAAGUGCACUUCCACCGAGUAUGCUACCAUCACAGUCAACUUCUUCAGCAUUUAACAAUAAUUGUUGUUCAUUUGGAUCUUAUCCACCAUCAACAUCCUCAUCAUCUCCGCCGCCACCGCCUGUUCCACCGCAUGCAACAGCUGUUAUAAGAAAUUUAGAAUAUUCUGAAAAUUCUGUAAAUAAUAUUAAUAAUAAUAAUAACCUUGAUAUUGGUAGUGUUAAAGAAGAAGGUACAUUAAGACAUACUUCUUCAUCAUUUAAUACCAAUAAUAAUAAUAAUUCAAUGCCUCCUCAAUCUCGAGAAGAUUUAUUAGUUCCUGAAUCGUGUAUGAUGGUCGGUGGUACAUUUUCUGAUGAUGAUGACGACGAAGAAGACGGCGAAGAAGAAGAGGAGGAGGAAGACGAAGAGGACGAUGAAGAAGGUGUAGUGGUCGAAGCUGAGGAGGAAGAAGAAGACGAUAGUGAAAUAGAUGAACAAAGUGAAUUAAGCAAUAAUGAGAUUACUACAUCUCAAGUCACUGUGGAAUGGAUGACAAGCAGUGAAACGGGAAGUAAUUUACCCACACCAAUGACAAUGUCAAAAGAAUCUGAACAUGCUAUUAUAAACGAAAUUGCUGACAAUCGAAAUGGUGGAAUGACUGCGUCAAAUCGAACAAAUUCUUCACCUACUACUACUACUACUACAGAGAACGUAACUACUAUAAAUACUGGUAAAGACAAUGCAACAAUGAAGGCUCAACCAAUGAAUUCUGAACGAAUGAUUCCACCAACUGUUCCUGUAAAACCACAAGGCUUAACUCAAGUAUUUCGUACACAACAACAACAACAACACCAACAGCAACAAGCCAAGAUACAACCUCUACUCGUCAAUAACUCUGCUGCACCACAUCAACUUUAUAAAAAAAUUGAUCCUUCUGUGAAUACUUCUAUUGCUACAACAGCAACUACUGGUGUUGCUGUGUCUGCUACGACUGCUACGAAUACUCCUACCACUGUUGCUACAGCUGUUGAAGAUGUUGUAAAGUCUACUACACCAAGUGCACCAAGACGUCGUACAGGGAAUCAUCGAUUAACAGAUCAACAAGUACAUGAUAAACUAAGAGCUAUUGUUAGUAAAGGUGAUCCAUAUAAGAAAUAUCGUAUGGUAGAUAAGAUUGGACAAGGUGCAUCUGGUGUUGUAUAUAGUGGAUAUGAAGUAGCCACUGGUAAUUUAGUGGCUAUUAAACAAAUGAACCUAGCUCAACAACCUAAAAAAGAGUUGAUCAUCAAUGAAAUUCUAGUCAUGAAGGCUAAUCGUCAAGCAAAUAUUGUAAAUUAUCUUGAUAGUUAUCUAGUAUCUACAUCAGUCCCUUCCAGUAUGGAUCCUCAUAAUAAUCAUAACAAUAACAAUAGUGUGAAUGGUUCAAAUCAUAAAAAUCAACAAAAUCAUAAUGAUAGUCUUAAUUCAUCAACGCAUAGUGGUUCUGGUAAUUCAUCAUCAAAAAGCGAAGAAUUAUGGUUGUAA